UUCCCGUCAUUAUAUUACACUAAAGUCAUCAAUGACACGAUGUGUUUGCUUCAGGAAUAUACCACAAACAUGGAGACGUCUUGCGCAGUCUAUGACAUACGUAUCUAUCGUUUAAUUUUCUAUGGUCUAGUGAUCACUCUCAACCUAUCGGGACUUGUAUUUGUGUUAUUAGCUUAUUUAAAAAUGCCAAAUAAUCGACAAAAUCGAAAGGAAAAGCAAGAUACUUGGUACAGUUUACGUUCUCGAGGAGACUCGUUUUUUGGAUGGAAACGCAGUGAUGACGAAUUCGAAUAUUAUUCUCCACCCCAAACAUUAACAACAUUUACUUCGACUCUGGAUCGUUCAGGUGUAGAUAUCAUUCGGUCACAAGACACAGUCGAGGAAUAAUAAUUAUGUACUAUUACAACCUAUUAUAACAUUCAAAUAUUAUAAUAUUAAACCAAUAGCUGAACAAAGGGCGGAUGAGCUCCUCGGAGUCAACGGCCAACCAUUAAUUAGUUUAA